AUGUUGCUCCACUUCCCUGACGCUCCACAAAGGCAUCACCAGGAACCAGAGGAGGGCAGACAUCUUCGAACACGUCCCGGGGUCCACAGACAGCCGGCCGGGACAGCCUCACAGCAGCACCCGGACAUGGAAGGAGAGGUGUUUGAGCAGGUGGUGUCCGUGUUCGGCACGCUGGUGUCGUGGGUGGCUGCUGGGGCCAUGGUGUUCGGGGGGGUGGUGCCCUACAUCCCCCAGUAUCGGGACAUCCGGCGGACCCAGGACGCAGAGGGCUUCUCCACCUACGUGUGUCUGGUCCUGCUGCUGGCCAACAUCCUGAGGAUCCUCUUCAGAUUUGGUCACUACUUUGAGACGCUGCUGCUGUGGCAGAGCAUCAUCAUGAUCGGCACAAUGCUCGUCAUGCUGAACCUGUGCACCAACGUCCGCAUGGCCGCUGAACUCAACACCAAGAGACGCUCCUUCCUAGCCACAGACAGUAAGGACGAGGAGAUCCGAAUCCCUAAGAGGCUCUUUCUGGACUUUGACUGGAACUACUUCUGGUCGUGGAGUUGCUUCGUGGACUACGUGCAGUGCGUGCUGGCCUUCACCCUGGUGGCGGCCUACAUCACCUACCUCCUGCUGGACUCGGCGCUGUUUGUGGAGACCCUGGGCUUCCUCGCUGUGUUCACAGAAGCAAUGCUGGGCACGCCACAGAUGUACCGCAACUAUCAGAACAAGUCCACGGAGGGAAUGAGUAUCAAGAUGGUGCUGAUGUGGACCAGCGGCGACACCUUUAAAACAGGCUACUUCCUGCUCACACAGGCUCCUGUGCAGUUCUGGACGUGUGGCCUGCUGCAGGUCUUUGUGGACUUUGCCAUCCUGUUCCAGGUCUACUACUACAGCCAUUACCCACAGAAACCUGUGUCCCACAGCACCUCCCACACGACGAGCGCCAAAGCCCUUUGAGAUCAUCCAUAAAGACUUGUUAAUGACAGGAGCAGCAGGAAGCACUUUCAGAGGUGCUGAGAUCAACUGCAGUACCAAAGCAUGUCCAGAUGAAUCUACGGCUCAGAAUUACUGAGCACUGGUGAUAUGGUACUGUGAUGAAGAUGACACUGAAGGCACACCUGUUACACACAGUAUUUUUACUUAUUCUUAAUGAAGUACUUAAAUCAUCUGAUCAUGUGGCAAAUGUUUUGCACAGACAGGAGCAUUUAGAAUAUGUCAGCUGGACCCGUACACACCAAGCUCAAGGAUUUAUGGACCAGUUCUGGUCCACCUUUGUUGACAAUUGUUGCAUGGAACCUUUGCCUUAAGACGUGCACUUGAACAUGGCUCGCUGCA